AAAGUACGGUUGCAAAACGAUAUCGUGCAAGUGUAUCGUACGUAUAAGUCACUUAUGACCUGUAUGUGUGUGUGUGAGUUCCUGAAUAACGACCUAAAACCUUUCCAAUUAAUCUCACGUGGACUAAUCAUUAACUUGAAUUGUUUAGUUUGUGUUUGUAUUUAUUAAUGACGAUUGGAAAAAGAUGGUGUGUGAUUACAAAACUGGAAAAAAGGAUCAAUUCGCACCUUAUGAAAAACGCUUUACACGUAGUUUCCAUAUUAUUUUGUAUUUAUUUAUAUCGCUUCUGCAUGACCUGCGAUCAAAAACUAACCACGGUGUUGCGCUUAAGCUGUACUUGAAUUAUAAAAAAUGCUACGGAAAUACCUAAGGGAACUUGUACUCUUGUUUUCUAUCUCUAUUGUGUAUCUUUUUACUCAGGUAAAACGCGUCGUAGAGGAUUUCAUGUCGUCGUAGAUAUUUGUAAAGCAUUCGUGUUAUACUUUGUUGUUACGUACGUGUGUUUUUUUGGAAUGUAUUCGGGGAGCAGAAAAUUAACACCUUCGGUCGUCAGACUGGCGCCGACCCAAAGUAUAAUCAUUGUGUGUAUUUGGAUUAUUCGCAGACACAUACGAUUUCUACUCGGAAGAAUUAAAGAAAUUUAUCGUACGAAUUUGGGAGGUAAAAAAAAUGCGUCCUAUUUUGAAAACUAUCGGCGAAUCGAUGAUACGACCUGUCUGCGCUUCGAUAUGUGAAAAAGACUACGAUUCGUCGCCGCCGUCGUUAUCGUUCCCAUCCAGAGACGGUGGCGAAAUGAAGGAUGUGUUUAAACAAAUCGCUCGCGAAUUAAUGACGCGACUUAAACAAGGUUCUAUCUUCAAGCAGCGGUCAGUACGUCCGGCGUUCCUGCGGGUAGCUCCGGAAGCGCCGGAAUUCCGCGACGUUUCUCUCAAGUCGUCCAGUUUCGAUUGCUCGGAUACAGAAAUUACGACUUUGAUCGAGUUACCGCGGUGGCAGCGUGGUAGCAGGUAUUCUCGAGGAUCUUUGGGAUCUGUGCACGAUUUCUCUUCAGAUCCAACCACCGAAGAUGAAGAAGAAGAUCCAACGUCACCAGAAAAGGAUUACGAAAAAUCUAGCAGCUUUUUGUCGCUGAGUUCGUAUAUUGGGCACGAAUUCGAGAACCCGGAAGAAUCGAACGAAAUGAAUUCCAGUACGACGAAAACCAACGUAUCCGAUGAUACGUCUUUUGACGAAAUAACCGUGAUUUGUAAACAGAAAAAUGACGACGAUGCACCGCAGACGGAAUUCAACGAUGCAGACGAGAUUGAUGACUUCGAUGAUACGAGUUUAUCGUCUGCGUUGAUGCAGGAUGAAGAUGAAGACGACGGCUACGACGAUGGAGUCGCAGAUGUCGAAUGGAAUACGUACGAGUCGCUCAACGACGUCGACGAGGAUUAUUUCGCUCAUGAAAAUGGCGCCGCGAAACCGACGAUAGAUCACGAAUGCGUUACGUCGUUUAUCGAAAAAGCACCGUUGACUAUCGGCGCCAGAUACAAACCCGAAUUAGCUGUUAUUUACGAAGAAAGCCAUAUUUCUGAUUCGAAAUGCUCGUUGAAAUCAAUUCUGGAAGAUUCCGCUACGAUUUUCGUUCAACCACAGGGCGAACUAAUCGACUCCAUCGCGAUCGCAGCCCAGCCAGAAUUCGAACGAAGCGAUACUCCGGAUACGUACGUGAUCGAAGAUGAGUCUUCUCGAGCCGAUCACCUCGACACCGACGUAUGGAAUAGUUUGGAGAAAUGUAUCGCUUGCGCCGACAUCCUGCUAGAGCACGUGAAGAACGCGAAAAUCAACCGAAACGAUUCGGAAACCGUUUCAUCUCCGAUGGCCAAUUUCGCAGCUUCCGAUGUCAACGGAACAGGAGUCGAUAGCGAUGCCCACACUAUCAGCGAAUCAUCUCUCAUCAGCUGUCUAGCAGAUUCGACCGAAUACCUAGAAGCGUUGAAAAACGACUCCUGCAGCUUGGACGCGAACGACGAAUCGGAUGAAAUAGUCUUGGAUUCGGGUAUUCUUAUGGAAGAUGUGAUCACGUGCUCGUCCGAAGGCGACUAUACCGAUAUGAAGCUACACAGCGAAGUCGUCUCGACCGAAAUCGGCCCCAUCGUAGUGCCUUUCGAUGGUCGCGCAUCUUCUGGGUCAGAAGAGGCCGAAGAUGCUGUAUGGGUUACUCAGAUUGAGAAGAUAUUCGAUUUCGAAGUCGAUGAUUUUUGCUUAAACACGCUUUUCGACCAGUCUGACGAGUCAGCUGCGUAUCACGAAGACACCGAACUACCUGAUCUGUCUGUAGAAGAAGAAGUUACUGAUUUCGGUCUCGUGUACGACAGCGAGCCGAGUAAUCGGCGCUUCAGUGAUCUCGAUAGUGACCAUUAUGCCGAUUCGGUCAUCCAAAACGACGAAUGUUCGUUCGAUUCGGUAAUCGAUAGCGAUGAUCAAUCGCUACAUGAUCAUCUAAUCAAUGAUGAAAUAUCGCCGGCACUUUAUACCUUUCGUUAUGAUGCUGAAAGUAUGUCUACUCGUGUUGAUCAUAUGGAUCACGAACAUCUCGAUUCAAUUCGUGCUUCGGUGCUUGUAAAUAAACCUGAUUCGGAUUCGAAUCAUUUAUCUGAUAAUUAUAUUAACGCAGGAGUCACGUCAAAUGUACCUGAAAGUGUCAUCGCGCAUUGCGACGAUGAUACGCAACCGAUUCCUGCUUCUACUGCUGUCGAAACUGAAACAUCUUCAACGCCUACUUCCGAACACAACUUGGAAUUGAACGUUUCGCACCGAAGUCAAGCUAACGGCGAAGUAUGCGAAUUUAUCGAACAACCAAACGUUGCUGUCGACUCUGAAGUUACCGAGUCACCGCCUAAAAAAACUGAUUUCGAUAGCGUAAUCAUUAGAACUUCAGAUGCCGAAUAUCAACUACCUUGCGACGUGAGCGAGGCUUUUAUCGGAUUCAAAAAAGUCUCUGAAGUUUUCGGCGAAAGUUUCCUCAACGAUGCGAACAACAAUGAGGAUUCCUCCCAUGAUCCAGAAACCGAACAAGAUAUCCUCUGCAACGAUCUUCCCGAUGUCGAGAAAACUUCACCUCGUGACGAAUUCAAAACCGAUAACAACAUGGACGAUGACUCGUCGUACGUCUGUAAAGAUUCUAAUUUGAUCGUCGCUGCGGCAGAUGAAACUGCAAAAUUGAGUAUCGCCGAUAUCCCCGAAUUGACUGCAGAAUUCGAAGAAGAAGAAGAAGAAACCCCGUGUAAAAUAACAACUGAUAAUUCGAUUGUGAAAGAUGCCCCUUGCGAGGAUGAUAUUCGAGCGCCAGAAGCUGAAAAAGACGAUCGUUCGGUCAUCGAAAGUGCUAAUUUUUCGAACGUCGCCAUUGUUGUUGACGAUCAUACUGAAAUCACCGAAUCUGCGAUAAAAACAUUUGAAAAUGUAGCUCAUCAAGAGGCAGAAAGCGAUAGCGAGGAGGUACUUGCCAGUCAGCAACUAGAAUAUGAAGUUGAAUUGGACGCGGAUAUCACUGGCGAAGAAAAUAACAAUCGUAUUUCUGUAGACGACGCGAAUUUCUUGGAAAAUCACGAAACUGUUGCUGAUGUCGAAGCUGCUGACAAUGAAGUUGUCUGUGAACUCGAAGCGUCAGCAGAAUCUUCUGAAAAUAAUGAUGAUGUUACGGUUGUUGAAAUGACGAUGCAUAAUUCGAUCGAAUCGUCUGGGAAAAUCAGUGAAAAUGGAUCCUCACCGGAACGUUCGGAAUCAGUCGAAUUUCCCGAAGUUGAUGACUGCGACAUGGAAGUCGAAAAUGACGACGUUGCGUCUGAGUCGCCCGAAUCAGUCAGAUCACCUGAAAAUGACGAUAUUGCUUCUGAGUCGCCCGGAUCAGUCGAAUCUUCUGAAAAUGACGACGUCGCUUCUGAGUCGUCCGAAUCAGCCGAGGAUGAUGACGUCGUUUCUAAGUUGUCAGAAUCAGACAAAUUGUCCGAAAAUGACGACGUCGUUUCUGAGUCAUCCGAAUCAAUAGAAUCUUCCGAAAAUGACGACGCCGUUUCUGACUCAUCCGAAUCAAUCGAAUCAUUUGAAAAUAACCACGACAUUGUGGUAGCUGAAAACGACGAAGCCGCUUCCGAAUCAUCCGAAUCUGCCCAUCUGGAAACCGAAAAUAGCGGGGACGAUGUAACAACGAUGGAUAAGGAUGCCAUCCCACUGCCCUCAGAAUGUGUCGAACCGUCUCAAUGCAACGAUGCCUUUGUUGCUACAGCUAUCGUUGAGAAUGACAGCAUUCCUGAUCUCUUUGAAUUCUUCAAAGUAACCGAAAACAGCGACGACGAAGAUAUAGUCAAAAAUAACGUUAACGCAGAAUUUGCCGAAAAUAUCGACGAUGAUGAUGAUGUAGCUGCGAAUCAGCUUGUAGAACUAGGUGAAUCGCCGGAGAGCAGCGAUGACAUUGCGAUCAUCGAAAACAAUCCCGUUCAUGAAUCAUCCGAAUCUGCCGAAUCGACUGACAUGAUCGACGACGCUGUAGCAGUGCAAAAUGGAGUGAUCUGCCAGUCUUCGGAAAUCGUCGAAUCGACCGAUGAAAACAGCGAUGGCGUUGUCGAAUCUGAUAAUAUUGGUUUUCCGGAUGUGUACGAAUCGAUGGUUGAACAUGUUGGCGACGUACCAGUGCAAAGUGACGCCAUUGAUCAACCUCCGGAAAUGGCCGAUUUGGCCGAAAAUGACGAUAAUGACGUGUCCAUCGUUGAAAACGACGUUAUUUUCGAAUCGCCUGAAUCUGACAAAUUGGUCGAAACCGCCGAAUCGGCUACCAUAAUUGACAACACUGUGGCGAUGCAAAAUUUGAUUGGUGAAAAUUCAGAAAUCGUCGAAUCUACUCGAAAUAACGAUGACGUUAGUGAAUCUGAAGAUAUCAUUGUUCCAGAUUUGUCCGAAUCGAUUGUCAAAAAUGUUGACGACGUACUAGCACAAAGUGACGCCAUUGAUCAACCUUCGGAAAUGGUCAAUUCGCCCGAAAAUGGCGAUAACGACGUCUCCAUCGUUGUAAAUAACAUUUGCGAAUUGUCAGAGUCCGGCGAAUUCGUCGAAACUGUCGACAACGUUGUAACGGUGCAAAAUAAUGACACAAGCGACGAUCCUCCGGCUUCUGUCGUCGAAUUCUCUGAAACCAUCGCCGAUGUUGUUGAAUUGACCGAUACUACUGUUGAAAAUCAGUCUUCAUCGGUUAUCGAAAAUAUUGAUGAAGUAUCGAUACCGCAUUAUGACUUGGAUCAGUCUUCUGAACUUGAUAAAUCAACAGGUAACAUCCUAAAGUCGCUUGAAACCGAUGAAUCCAUCGAAACUAUCGACGACGUCAGUAAUCAGCCCCUGGAAUCUGUCGUCGAAUCGCCUGAAAGUAACAAUGAUGUCAAGUCCGACGAUAUUGUCAUCAAAGAUUCGUCCAAAUGGACGGCCGAAGAUGUCGAAAACCGUUCAAUAGAAAAUGACUCUGUUUUCGAGUCCUCGGAAUGCGUCGAAGUGGCUGAAAACAUCGGUGAAGUUGUAUCUUUACAAAAUGACAUUGUUUGUGAACCCGAAGAAAACAUUGACGAUGUAUCGAUACCGCAUUAUGACUUGGAUCAGUCUUCUGAACUUGAUAAAUCAACAGGUAACAUCUUAAAAUCGCUUGAAACCGAUGAAUCCAUCGAAACUACCGACGACGUCAGUAAUCAGCCUCCGCCCGAAUGGAUGGCCGAAAAUGUCGAAAACCGUUCGAUAGAAAAUGACGCUGUUUCCGAGUCCUCGGAAAGUGUCGAAAUGGCUGAAAAGAUCAGUGAAAUUGCAUCUGUAGAAAAUUACAUCGUUUAUGAACCCGAAGAAACCAUCGAAGCCGACGAAUUAUUCGAUAGCAACAGCGAUCAUUUUGCUGCUGUUGAAAACGACGUUAUUCAGGAGCUCACCGAAUCGACCAAUAAUGUCGAUGAUCAGUCGACUAAAAAUAUCAAUAUUAUCGAAAAUGACCCGAUCCACGAGCUUUCGAACGGUUCUAGUGAAAAAUCUGAGGAAGUUCAAACUAUCGAAAAUGAAGCCAUCGCCGAAUCCUGCGACAACAACGACUCCGCUAUAAUUGAAAACAACAUCGAUCCUACGCAGUCAACUGAAUCCAACACUAACGCUACUGAUGCUAUCGACAAUAACCAUCCGGCAUUCGAACCAGCAUUUGUACGAAACAAACACUUAAUCGCUGUAUCAAAUCAAUCGAUUUCGUAUUCGAUCGGUUGCGACACUAAUGCUGAAAUUUGCAGUUUACUCGGAUAUUUAAACGAGAAGAAAAUCUUCGUCAAAAACAUCGCCGCUAACAACAACAAUACAGCUAAUGCAAUCAGCGCCGAUACGGCUAAUUCGAACGUAAAAGAAGAAGUAGCAGAUACCGCCGUCGCCAACUCUUCGAACGAAAUGCUCGAUGAAAAUUACGUCACCAUUUCGGACGCUUCUUCGAGUAAACCGGAAGAAGAUCGAGAACGAGAAUCGUCUUCGUCUAGUCAAAUCGAUCAAAGCUUCGUUACCAUAUCGGAAGCUUCGAUAGAUAAAAGCGAAUCGUCCAUUUCGCUGACGCCGGAACACAAGACAAAGCCAAGAUACAGCCCCGAACAACGUAAAUCACGUAACAACGUCAAAACCAGAGUUCAGUUCACGAAUCGUAGAAGCGUUAAACGUACUUCGUCGUCUCAGAAAAAAGAAUCCACCGACGAGGACGAUUCGUCGAAACGUAAUAACGCUACCAGCAGCUCCGGCAGUAAUAACGGUGCCGGAGACGAAAAGAAACCCAAACUCGAGCCAUUAGAUGUGACCGAAUACAGCGUUAAAUUAAAGCUGCAUAUCGAAUGGGAUAAUAAACGUAGCUCGUCCGAUUCGACUUCGAAAUCUUCGUCUUUCGACGAUUCGUUAAACUGCUCCGAAUCGACCAGCGAAGGUAAACGCGAUUUUCGCGAGGAAAAUAAAACCAACGCCGACGCCAAAGAUAACGGCCAGCCCUACUAUCAUCAUCGUUUCGAGCAGGUAACUCGAUUAUUGACCGAUUUCAAGAAUGAUUAUCCUAAAUUCGUCUCGUACGAGUAUUUCUCGCCCAAGAUCAAAUUCCAAACGACGCCGAGGAAAAAACAAACGUCCAGAAACACCGCUCGCAAAUCAUUAUCGCUCGAUUCGUCGCCCAGCGGACGUUACCAUCGCUAUUGUCAUAUCUCAACUCGAGAUUUAAAUAACGUCGAUAGUAAAUGUACCACCUUCAACGCCGUCGUUACUCCUAAACGAAAUGUAUCAUCGCCUACCGUGAAAAACGUAAAUCAAACGACAAACAUCUCGAAAAAACGAGUCAAUCGAAAACUGUUGAAAAGUCGUAAUCAAAUUAAUACAAAUAGUUCGCUGAAAACAUCCACGCCCGUACUGACCGCCGCUCAAUUCGUUAACCAAGAAUCGAUUAUCGAAAAUUUAACCUCGAAUACGCUAUCGCCUAUUGUUAAUUCGCUCGAAGAAUUCGAACUAAUCGAAUCUCUAUUGUCGUCCUGUGAAACAUGAAACUGUUUUUUGUUUUUUAUUGUUGGAUUUUUUUAUUACUAUUUGACUCUUGUAGUUAUUAAUCGAUUUAAGCUAUUUUUGCGCUAUCGUUAUUUUUAAUAAUUUUUUUUUAUUAUUAUCGUUUCGUCAUUUUUUUUUCAUUUUCGUUUUCGAUAAUUUUUUUUUAUAAUUUAUUGCUUAACGCGGAACCCGAUCCAAAGAUGUUCGUGUUUGUGUGUAUUUUUAAGGUUAAGAUUUUGAAUGUGUGUUUUUUAUUUUUUACCUACCGUCAUUUUUGUUUGGUAAUAUUAUUUAGCGUGUACUUUGUGGCAUUUAAAAAAUACGUUUUUUAUGUAGUUAGAGUCAUAACUUGUGUUAACGUAUACCGGUGAUUUUUGAUGUUUUUUGCAUAUUGAACAAAAAAAAAUGUAAUAGCUUGAAAUACAUUUUGUAAUUUUGU